CCUACAAUUCCCCCCCCCCCAAAUCCCCAAAUCUUUGCUUGGACCAAACACUCCCGCCACCGUAACCCAACCUUUCCCCCUCCCCCCCAUUCCCGGAAUCUCCGCGCGAAGCGCAGCACGGCAGGUGCAGGGAGCCCAGGAUAAGAAUCUGCUUCCAAAACAUUGCUCAGAUACUAAGAAAAGAUCUUUCCUUGUUCAUGGAGUUUUUCAUCAGUAUGUCUGAAACCAUUAAAUAUAAUGACGACGAUCACAAAACUGUGUUUCUGAAAACAUUAAAUGAGCAACGAUUGGAAGGAGAAUUUUGUGAUAUAGCUAUUGUUGUAGAAGAUGUAAAAUUCAGGGCACACAGGUGUGUUCUAGCUGCUUGUAGUACCUAUUUUAAAAAACUUUUCAAAAAACUGGAAGUUGACAGCUCAUCUGUAAUUGAAAUAGAUUUCCUUCGAUCUGAUAUAUUUGAGGAAGUGCUCAAUUACAUGUACACAGCCAAGAUUUCAGUUAAGAAAGAAGACGUCAAUUUAAUGAUGUCAUCUGGUCAGAUUCUUGGUAUUAGAUUUUUGGAUAAACUUUGUUCUCAAAAACGGGAUGUAUCAAGUCCAGAAGACAAUUCACAGUCAAAGAAUAAGUAUUGUCUUAAAAUUAAUAGACCGAUUGGGGAGUCUAAUGAUAAUCAAGAUGAUGAGGUUGAAGAAAUUGGCGAUCACGAUGAUAGCCCUUCAGAUAUGACAAUGGAAGGGACUCCUCCUAGUCAAGAAGAUGGUAAAUCGCCAACUGCUACUUUGAGAGUUCAGGAAGCAAUUCUGAAGGAGCUGGGGAGUGAAGAGGUUCGAAAAGUGAACUGCUAUGGUCAAGAAGUAGAAUCUAUAGAGUCUGCUGAAACUAAAGAAUUGGGAUCACAAACUCCUCAGGCUCUAGCAUUUAAUGAUGGCAUAAGUGAAGUAAAGGAUGAACAGACACCAGCAUGGACAACAGCAGCUGGAGACAUGAAGUUUGAGUAUUUGCUUUAUGGUCACAGGGAACAAAUCGCAUGUCCAGCAUGUGGCAAAACGUUUUCUGAUGAAGCACGGUUGAGAAAACAUGAAAAACUCCAUACUGCAGAUAGGCCCUUUGUUUGUGAAAUGUGCACUAAAGGCUUCACUACUCAAGCCCACUUGAAAGAGCAUCUAAAGAUCCACACAGGCUACAAGCCAUAUAGCUGUGAAGUAUGUGGAAAGUCUUUUAUUCGUGCACCAGACCUAAAAAAGCACGAGAGGGUUCACAGUAAUGAAAGACCAUUUGCAUGUCACAUGUGUGACAAAGCUUUUAAACAUAAGUCCCACCUGAAAGAUCAUGAAAGAAGACAUAGAGGGGAGAAACCUUUUGUCUGCAGCUCUUGUACUAAAGCAUUUGCCAAAGCAUCUGAUUUAAAGAGACAUGAGAACAAUAUGCACAGUGAAAGGAAGCAAGUAACCACAGCCAGUGCCCUCCAAAGUGAAACUGAACAAUUACAGGCAGCGGCCAUGGCCGCUGAGGCAGAACAACAACUUGAAACUAUAGCUUGUAGCUAAAAAGAGGAGUGGCCAUAUGUUGGAAAAUGUUCGGACUGAAAAACUCACUUCUGAGUAUUUUAGUGUGAUUUAAAAAGUAGAAAUAUAGUUGCACUUUGCAGCAAAAAAAAACCCCUCUCAUAUCAAGCAUGGAUAAGACGUUAAUCAAGGCAUCCGUCCAAUUGGAUAUAAUUUUUUUAGAAGUCGGACUCUAGCUGUGUUAUAUUCCUCUCUUUAAAGUACUGGGUUUCAAUGCAUGCCUUACCCCAUUGGAAUAAACUGCAUGUGAAAUGGAAGAUGUUACACUCCGAUCUCAGUGAAAUUAAGUCUAAGUAUUUGGAUUUAAGCUACUUUUGUUUCAUUGGAUCCAGUUGCUUGGCACCUAAAUAUGUUUUUUUAUGAUUUAGGAAGAGCCUAAAAUAGAGAUUGUGAGCAAUGGUGGGAAAUUAUAGGAUGAGUUGCCAAGUCAAAAAUAAAUACUUGUUAGAGAUUCAUUGCACUGCAAGUGCUACGUAGCUGAGUCUCAUGGAUUUCAGUAGAAAGUACUACCAUGUGAGUAAAGCAAGAUUAGAUUAAUUCAAAAUGUGUUGACUUAUUGGCCUACAAAUUGUGCUGUUAGCAAACAGUUUAAUAAAUUAUGUCUACUAUAACAGGUAUUUUUUUAAAAAAAUUAUGGGAAAUUAUGAGUUUUACUGAGUGCAAGUAUUAAUUUGUAGGGGGUGAAUGUAUUAAUUUCCAAUGUUCUAAUCAAAAGUAAUGAAAAUGUGUUUAGAUUUCAUAUUUUAUUUAUUUUGCAGUUGUUUAGCUCCAGUUUCAUCUACUGUAAUUGUUGAUACAAGGUGUAUGAGCAGUAGAAACUAUCGUGGGUUUCCCCCCCCACCCUAAAUUGGGCGGCAAUGAAGUUGCAUGGAGCUCCUUGUUAAGUGACAUUAUGAUUUCAGUUUUCAGAAGCAAAAUGGCCAACAUUUAAAUAGUGUGAACUUUUUUCCUCUCCCCCUCUACCAGAGAUAUAGAAAUAGGAGGUCUCGGGCCUGAAAUUACACCAUGAAAUUUAGGCCAGUUUGUUAUUAUAAAUUUUAUUUUUAAAAACCACAAGAAAUAAUAAUAAAAAUGAUCAUGCCGCUUCCAUGUCAUUGCACCAUCUGGUAGCCUCUGGAAGCCCUCCUUAUGAAGGACAUGAGUCUUAAACCAUUGCCCGUCUCUAAUUAGAUAAUGAUUAAAAAAACAUCCUGAUGCUUCUCUCGUCUUUUCGGAUCUUUAUUAACACAUAUCUUACAUUAAGCUUCAUUAUACCUAUUGAACUUGCUCAUUGCAAGCAUACACAGCAUUGUAUAUGAUAUGAUGCCUUUUUACUUGAAGGCAUGGAACCAAGUGUGUAUUCAUUACGAACCAUGGACAAAAGUUUUCAGGAAUGCUUUAAUAUUGUGCAUGAUCCACUGGGAGAUGUUGGCUAAGUUAGAAAGAAGGAUUUCCUCUAAGAUUCAUACACUGCAACCAAAACCAUUCAUUCCUACUCUCUUCCUUCUCAGCUUUUAAGUUUAGCAAAUCUCUAAGCCCCAUUUGAUAACUGUCUGAUAGUGGCUUUUUGCUUUCUCUGCUCUGACAAGGAAAUAUUGCUAGCUGAAUCAUCUGCAAUUUCCCUUAAUAAUACUUAAGAUUUUUCCCCUGUAUCCUAAGAAAUAAAAAAGGACAAUUGGGAGUAAUGUAGAAUUCAAGUGCAAAUCCUUGCUAAUAUAAUAUUCCAGGAUUUGGUGAUAUUUAACAAGAAUUACAAUUGUCACUAUCGAGGCAGCAUAAUUAUCAAAGGUUCAUAUUCUAGUGCAGAUAGCACAAUGGAGUUCAGGCAGUAAGUGUAAUGAGGAAAAAAUACAGAGAAGAAGCAACCAUUUGAAAAUAGUUGAAAGAAAAUCCAUUUCAGUCGCUUCCAAUUAAUGAGUAAAUUGUUAAGACUUAUUUUUGCUGCUCCUGAACACUAGAUAAAAAAUAAUUAUGGUGCUCCUGAUUGUUUCGGAGAGUCAAAAGAGUUGAACUUAAGUUUUAAUUAUGGCAUUGUUCCAGGAGAAAUCAAGUUUAAAGAUUCCAGCUUUGAUUGUAUGACAUUUUUCUCAGUAUGGAGUAGAAUUCCUGACCCCCAAAUACAACUUGAAAUAGCAAAGUGUCAAAUGUAGGCAUCUCAGACCAUUAGUAACUUUU